GCUUCUUAUUACAGGCGCUGAUCAAUUUAUGGGAUACGCAAUCACAUCGCACAUGGCUCAAUACAAAGAACUACGACCCAAAUUACGUGUACUAUGUCAAAACAAGGCUCGUUGCUAUGGAUUCAUCAAUGCUGGAAUCGAUGUUCGACAAGUAGAUUAUCAUCACCCAAACCAAAUCUCACUAGGACUACGAGGUAUUGAUCACAUCAUUUUAGCUAUCGGUAGCGAACCCGAUCGAGUCGAAAAUGCAAAGCGGAUCUGUCGAGUAGCUGCUCAUUCUGGUGUCUCCAAUAUUGUCUGUGUUUCUCACAUCGGUGCAGUGUCACGGAUGCACCCUUCUUUACAAGACUAUCACAUAAUUGAAGAACAAGUUAUGCACAGUCAUUGUCAAUACACAAUUCUCAGGUACACUUGUCAUUUUACUUUUGUUAUCACUCGCACUAAACAAACAAUGCUUGCCCAUUUUGAUAGGUUGGAUUUUGUGCAACAAUAUUUGCAUUUAUGGGCCAAUUAUGCCGAAAAGAACCGUAAAAUGAUUUUACCGCUUAGGGAAGAUACAGAGAUCUGUCCGGUAGAUAUUUCAGAUGUAUGCAGAGUGAUUGAGGAACUCGUAUUAGACAAGACAUCAGAAGCACUGAAGCCACUGGACGAUAGACAUGAUGGUCAGGUCUAUUCUUUAACGGGUCCCGAAUCUAUAAGUGGUAAACGUAUGGUCGAACUCUUAUGUCAAGCUACAGGUUACCAAUCCUUUAAAUACUGUCAUGGACGACCUAUGGAUCUUGUGUACUAUAUGAGUGGGCUUGCCAAAGAUGUAUGGUUUGAUGCUAGAUUGAAGCGGGAAAUGUCACAAAUAUAUCACGAUACAUUUGAAACAGCAGCAUAUAGAGAAAAAGCAUACUGCACACCCACAGGUAUUAGAUGACACUUUCUCUCUUGUUUGUACAUUUAACUAAUCCCACUUAAAAAAGACAAACAGGUGCAGACCUAUCUCGAUUACUUUGACUGGGUUCAGCAAACAAGUGGUAGUGUAUGUGUAUCUCAUACAUCCAUGUUGACCCAUUUACCUAGUGUAUCACUCUCUUCAUUUUUUGAGCAAAAUGCAAACAGUUUUAAACCGCGCGUAUAAAGAAAAAAAAAAUCCCAAUUGAUAUAUCACAACCCCACGAAAAAGAAAAAAAAAUCCUUGUUUAAUUAUUAUAAUAAUAAAAAAAAAAAGAACAAAAAGCUGUUAUCUUACACUAUUUCCCAAGAGUAUUAUGAGUAGAAGUAAAA